AAAGUUGUAUCUCUCUAAAACUCAAACCUCUUCUUUUCUCCUCCUUCUCUCUAGAAAUUCUUCAUCUCCUUUCAUCUUUUCUUCAACCAGCCACAGUCUAAGAAAUUUUGGGAGUCAAGAGUUUCUUUUCCACCAAUCAAAAAUCAAGCUUAGAGUUGGUGUUCUUGGGAUUUUCUAGGGAGGAAGCAAAGUCUGGAAAAGAAUAAUCGUUGUUCGGUUCGGUCAAGAGGUAAGGGAAGCUAACUAAUUUAAUUACUUGGUUUGAUGUAUGAAUAUAUUAUUUGAUGAUUAAGCAUGUGUAUGAAAUUGAUUUGGAUGAUUUUGUAUAAAUGUAAAAUUGAAUGAUUUUUGCUCGGCUGAAUUGGUGUGGACUGUUAAAUGACUAUGUUCAUGAUGAUUGUAAUUAUGUUGAGUUUCUGGUUCAUUGCCGAGUGCAUUGUGAAGAAGUGGAUAGUAAAAUUUGAGAAAUGAUGUUCGUUGUGAAUGUGGUCGGUAUAGAGAAUCUGGGUAAAUGGUAUAAGACUUGUUAGAACCAUUGAAUUACUUAAAACUGUAAUAAAGUUAGGAAAUCUGAUUUUUGGUCUUUGAGUUGAUGAUUCUGCAUAAUUGACUCUCAAAUUUGAGAUGAAACUCUAUAAAUGAUGUUAGAAAGGUUUAGGUAUUCUUAGUUUAGUUUAGAAAUGUGUAUGAUUCAUGUUUGGAGGAUUAGAAGUUUGUAAAAAUGUUUAGUUUUGGUAAAAUUUGAUGUGUUCAUAAUUCUGCAGAACUGAGGGUUCGUGGUUGACCGCUCGGCCAUGCUCUGAUUUGGCCAUUAGGUCUUCUUCUACGUUCGGUUAUUAAUUGGGUUCGAUGUCUUUGAAGUCCUCCCAGUUCAUGACCAUUCGGCUUUAGUAGCGCUCGGUCUUGUACUAGCCGUUAGGCUAGUGAUAGAGCUCGGUCUUGUACUAGCCGUUAGGCUAGUGAUAGCGCUCGGUCUUGUACUAGCCGUUAGGCUAGUGAUAGCGCUCGAUCUUGCACUGGUACUCGGUUUGGUAUUGGUGUUCGGUCUUAACUAGUUCGGCCUCUGAUGGGCCUUACCUGUUAAUGAGAUCUCUCUUAGUGGUCGGUCUUAAAUAGUGUACGGCCACUCCUUCAGUCUUAGCUGUUAUGAACCGUUCGGUCCUAUUCAGUGGAUAGUGAAAGACCGCUCAGUCUUACUAAGUGUUCGGUCUAAGUUCUUAGUAUUCGAUUUAACUCUAGUUUUCGGUUGUUCUAGUAUUCGGCCCUAAAACUGUGUUCGGCUCAUGCUUGAGUCUUACUCUUAAAUGACCGUUCGAUCAUGUUAGUAUGUAGGGAGAGUUUCUCCCAUUCGGUCUUGUUAACUAGGUUAAAUUGAUAUUUUUCAUUCGGUCUUGUUAACUAGGUUAAGUUGAUCUUUUUCGUUCGGUCGUGUUCAAGAAUGAUGGUUAUUUUACUGAUCAGUUUGAUUAUACUUAAAUGUGAUGGAUGAGGAAGUAUGUUGGUAUUGAAGUAUGGUGUGAUAAUUAUAAUGUAAUGUGAAGGUAUGAUGAGAUACUUAUAAUAUGGAUAUGAAAGAGUAUUCCACGGAGGAAUAUCUCAUGGUUGGUUAUUGGAAUGGUAAAGUAUGAAUGUGGACAAAGCUUAGCUGGCGUUUAUCCUGAUAUUCUGUGAUUGCUCAUUCUCACGUAGAGAAGAGUAACUCAUGUGUGGGAAUGGCAGGAGGUCCUAGACCAUAAGGUGAACUUGGGCGGAACGGACUAACCUCGGGUGACAGCUGUUGAGGGCAUCCCAGCUAUUACAUCACCCGGGUGCAAAAACGUCGUAGCUACACAGAAUUCAUACAGUUCGGACAGUCAGAGAAAGUAGUCGGUCAUUGCAUGUAUUACUGUAUGGUUAUGGUUGGAAAUGUAUGAUUGGCUGUUACAUGAUUGACCUAUUGAUUUAUCUCAAAUUUGUGUGUAUUAUAUGUUGUACUGAAUUAAUUAAAUUACACUAGCUUACCCUUAUUUUCCUGUCUUGUCAUGUGGUCCAUUCGGUCGUCCUUGUCUUUGCAAUGAUCACCCGGUGGGUGUGAGCAGAAGGUGCAGAUGACUUUCUAGAGCAAGUGCUAGGAGAAGAAGGUAGUUUAAGAGCAAGAUUGUUCGGUCUUGUACUCCUGUUGUAAUUGUGUAGGACCAUUCGGUCAAUACACUCCUUGUAUGACCGAUCGGUAAGCUCUUUUGGUGUAUUAGUAUUGUUUCUUUAAAGUUUUUAAUUUAUGGUUAUUUUAGGAUAACUGUAAAUUAACUUUAUUUUUCCUUGUAACUGUUCUAUUUUAUUGUAAAUGUAAGAACCCUUAAGUACAGUUUAAAGCUAUAUUUUUGGGAUGUUACAUUUACCGUCAGCACUGUUGUUCCCCACUAGCUAAUUUUCCACUUAUGAAGUUGUUGUUCAUCAUUCAUAUGACUAUUCACAAUGAGUUUGUACUAUCCACCGCCAACAUUUUUCCGAUGAGUUUAUUUUUUCAUGAAGUCUUUUCCAGUUGGUGUUGUUGUUCAUCACAGUUCUCCAUGAGUAUGGUUUAUUGUUGAUGUUUUUUGAUACAGCCCAAAUAUCUAUUGGGCCAAACAAUAUAUUGGACAAAGAAACAAAAGAGCAAAGGAAAUGGGGACAAGUUUAUAGCAGGAGAAAAAAAUAAAGGGGUUGAGGUGGACAGAAUUAGUUAGAGAGAGAGAAUUGGAGGAUCCUAAAAGAUUUCCUUUUUCGUUAUUACCUUUAUAGUGUCAGGGGAGUGUGUGGGGGUGAACAUUCUGUUUUUGAACAAAAAUAGAGUGAAGAGUACCGUUUUGGUCUCUUAAGGAGCCUAGCUCUGGGCAGUAGGUUAUUCCUUCUGUUUUUGCCUUGAUUUCAAUGAAACAGGAUCUGUGAUCCUUUCUAUAUUCUCUUUUCCUCUUAUUUUAUUACUUGUCUUGUGGUUUCCUAACAUUUCUGGUCCGACCUGCCGGAUAACUUCAUUAGAGGGUGAAUGGUUAACACUCGAGCAGACAGCAAAAAACAAUAGGAACCAGUGGUUUCGGGAACAAUGGAGGAUAGGGUAGGGUAUGUUGAAGAAGAAGUUAUUCGAAUGAAAGCGAUAAUGGAAGAGUUGCGUCUGCAAGCAUCUCAGAAUCAUUCAGCACUAGAAGAGAUGAGAAAAGAAGUUGCAGAAAAUCAAACAAAAAUGAUGGAGUUGAUGACGAGGAGUUUUGAAAAGAGGAUUAAUGAAGAGGGUGAAGGUUCGGUGGGAAACAAAAAAACAAAGACUAAGGAAAACACCAAGGUUGGAGCGAGUCUGACAGCCCUAGAAGGGGAUCCUCUGGCGGAGUUUCCACAAUCAGUAAAAAGGAUUGAGUUACCAACAUUCAAUGGCAAUGACCCUGCGGGAUGGAUUUCAAAAGCGGAGAUUUACUUCAAGGUUCAGGAGACCAGCGAGAUGGUGAAAGUAAAUCUGGCUCAUUUGUGCAUGGAAGGAGGGACAAUCCACUUUUUCAACUCGUUGUUAAACGAUUAUGAGGUGUUGUCAUGGGAUAAUUUGAAGAAGGAGUUGCUUGAACGUUACGGAGGAAUGAGGGAAGGGAGUGUAUAUGAUCAAUUGACAACGCUGAAUCAAACAGGGAGCAUGGAUGAAUAUAUUGGACGAUUUGAAUGCUUGAUCGCCCAAAUUCCUAAACUCCAUGAUGAGCAAUAUUUCUCAUAUUUUACCCAUGGGCUAAGGGAGGAGGUCCGAGCUAAGGUGCGAAGCUUACAUAUCGCAAACCCUCUAACCUGGGGACGUUUGAUGAAUGUUGCUCUUGCUGUUGACCUGGAGGUGUCUGGAUGAAACAGAGGGUGGCAUAGGCGGAACGAGGCACAGGCAAUAGGAGGUGAAAAUUUGGGUCACAAAACCGGAUCCAACAUAAUAGGACGAGUGGGUCAAAAAGGGUAUGGAGCUAAUGGCUGGAGUAAUGGGUCAGGCCCAAACUGGAAGGGUGGUGCAAAUGAUAAGGGGUCAGGGGGAGCACGUGAGAGGGGCGUGCGUCACUUAUCUUAUCAGGAUUUGGUGGAUAGGAAAAAGAAAGGGUUGUGUUUCAAGUGUGGUGGGCCGUAUGGGCCAAAUCAUCAAUGCCCCAUUAAACAAUUAAGGGCCAUAGUGGCCGAAAAUGAGAUUCAGGUUGAGUUUGAAUAUGAAGAAGGAACCCUAAAAAGUGACGACAAGGGUGAAACGGAGGAAGUCGAUGGAGUUUGUAGUGCCAUCAAUUUCUUCGUGCUGGAGAAAGAGACUCGAGAUGCACCCAGAACGAUGAAACUAAAAGGAAUGAUCAAAGGAGUACCUCUUCUCAUUUUGAUAGAUUCCGGAGCGUCUCACAACUUCAUUUCGAGAAGGUUAGUGAAAGCAAUGGAAUGGGAGUGGAAAAAUACGCGGAGGAUGCGUAUAUUGAUGCGAGAUGGGCAUCAAACAGAAACAGCCAGGGUUUGUCGGGGGUUGAAGAUUGUUCUUGAGACAGGGGAGUUCGUAGUGGAUGCGUUUUUAUUCAAACUCGAUGAUAUUGAUCUUAUCCUUGGCAUGGCAUGGCUGGAGUCAUUGGGAGAGAUGUGGGUAGAUUGGAAGAAGCAAAUCAUGAAGCUUAAUUUAGCCCAAGGGAUUAAAGUGCUUAGAGGGACAGAGCAAAGUGAAUCCUUGAGUUCUAGUCUUUGCAAGUUUGAAAUCGAAGGGGAGGCUAAGAAAGAAGAAGAAACAAAUCAAGCUUUGUUGGAAAAAUUAAAACAAACGUUGGGUCAAUAUGGAGAUGUGUUCAAGGACCCAGAAGGUCUACCUCCAAAACACCAAAAGGAGCAUUGUAUCAACUUGCUCCCCGAAAGUGCACCAGUUAACGUGAGGCCUUAUCGGUAUCCGUUUCCCCAGAAAAAUGAGAUAGAGAAUCAGGUUCAUUCAUUGUUGGUAGUGGCGCAUGGUGUUUCUUAAACUGAAACCUCACAGGAAACACUCUGUUAUUUCGCGCAUCAGUCCUAAGCUUAGUGCAACGUACUACGGACCUUUUGAAGUCAUUGAAAGGGUUGGAGAAGUAGCUUAUCGGUUGCAGUUACCACCCAAUUCAAAAAUACACCCUGUGUUUCAUGUUUCGUUGCUCAAGAAGGCCAUUGGGGAGUAUAAAACAGCAGAAGGACUGCCAACAGGACUAGAAGAGGACCAAUCAGAGAUGUGGUUACCCCAGAACGUGUUGGCUACUAGAAGCAUACUCAAGGAGGGAGAAAGGGUUAACCAAUGGUUAGUGCAUUGGAUGGGAAAAACAGCAGAAGAAGCAACGUGGGAGGAUGAGAUGUCAAUGAAGGUCCAAUUUCCAACUUUUAGUCUUGAGGACAAGACUAUCUUUCAAGAGGGCGGUAUUGAUACAGCCCAAAUAUCUGUUGAGCCAAACAAUAUAUUGGACAAAGAAACAAAAGAGCAAAGGAAAUGGGGACAAGUUUAUAGCAGGAGAAAAAAAUAAA